AUGAAUAAUUUCCAAUCAAAUAAUAAUUUAAAUUAUUAUGCCCAUCAACGAGCAUCUUUUUCUACCGAUAUUGUUUGUACUUAUAAUAAUAACAGUACAUUUCCUAAUAAAAUAUCUCCAAUACAAAAUACACCGAAAAUUCAAAUUUCUUUUCCUGAAUCCAAUGCUUUACCUCCACCUAAGCCUAUCAGAAAUAGACCUUCUUAUCCGUUUACCAAAAAAGUUAUUGGGAGAAAUAAAAGUGCUCAAGUAAAUUGGAAAAAAAUGGGAGAGGCUGUGCUUUCAUCACAAUAUAAACAAAAAAUGGCUUCUCAAUCUAUAUCAAAAACUAUGUCUAAUAUUGUAAUACCCAAAAAACGUUAUUCAACUUGGCGUAAAGAUUCAUUAAGGGAUUUUCAAACAUCAACAUUCACAAAGGAAAAACGUAAACAUAAAUCUGUCCCAAGUUCUUUAAAAACAGUAAUGGCUUUAUCUGGAUUAUUUGUUUGUGGUUUAAUGUUAUUAUUAAGUGGUAUAAUUGUUAUAUUUUCUCAAAAAGAUUUGGUUUUUCGUGCAGCCGGUGCCGGUCUUUCAUUAUUUGGAUUAAUUUCACUUUUAAUUUGUGCUUUAUUACAAAGAAAAAAUGUUGGAAAAUGGUUUUCAGAUAUGAGCAGGGAUUUAUUUGCUUUAAGGGAAGCAACAACAAUAAUUGAAAAUGUUAAUAAUAGAGAAGGUAAAAGAGAAAGUUUUAGUGUUAUUGAUGAAAUACCUGAUACUUUUAUUAGACAAUAA